CAUGACGUCAGAGGCCGGAAGUCAGCCCAACAUUAUCAUUGGCGUCUUUUUCCCCCUCAUUCAUGUGCUGGCGUCAAAUUGUUAAUAGUAUUUUUCAUUUCUAGUUCUUAAAAUAUGAAAAACAAAAUCUCUUAAUGGAUGAAAUAGCGAAAGACGGGUCAACCUGAAAAGUUGGAAAUGUCUUUAAAUGGUCGCAGGAGGUCUGUCCGAAGUGCGAGGUUCUAUCGGAGCGACAAAGAAGUUAGCUCUUGGACGAAGUUGUCCCAUUCUUCUCACGUAGACAUGGCCAUCUCUCUAGAAGUAGGCAGAGUAGUCAGCCGUCAUCUGGCCAAUGACACGAGGGAUUCAAUGGGACAAGUAUCAGACAAAAACAAAAACUCCAACAACGCUGUUUGUAACGACAACGGAAGUGACUCAUCAGAGGACACAGAGGAAGCUAUUAAUAAUGGCGCCAGUAGCAAGAAUGAACAGGUCGCUGACCUUUCGACAGCAUGUGUGACUUCCGGCGAGAAUGGUUCUGAUUGUAUAGGUAGCAGCCGACCAUGUAGUCUGGAAGACAAUGAACCAACCGACGCUUGCAGGGAUGAGGAUUACGUUUUUGGAAAACCCAUCGAAGAAAAUACAAACACCGUUAAAGUGGCAUCACUUAAUGAGGUCAAGGAGGAGGCGGGGAGCUGUAGGAAUGUUGUCUUUGGCGACAUCAACGUGAACAACGAUGACGAAAGGCAAGACAGGCAAGUGAACUCACUGGCCAGGGGCCGAGGGAUUAGUCGCCGAGGUAUGGUCCAGCGCCCAGCUGUACUGGACUAUGGGCUGCCAGAUGAUAACGUCGGCAUCAUGGACGAAGCUUUCGAAUUUAUCAUAACGCUGGAUCCAAAUACUAUUGCAGGUCCUCCUGCUAACAAUGCUUUGCCACCAACAGCAGUUGCAACGCAGCCGGCAGGAGCCAGUACACAGGGCCAGACUAGUCUAAACACAACAGAUGUAGAGCAGCACGAGAGCGCGGCGAUUGCGGGGUCAACUCAAGAUCAUAGGCGUGAUCCAGGUGAGUCGAUUCAGUCACCCCCUAGAAAUUAUAACAACCCAUUGAGAGUUGCACCGUUGAGCUCCACAGGACAGGACAGUUCUAACGAGUUCAUGCUGGAAUCUGCGAUAAGCGAUCUUGACAACGCCACCAACCCAGAGGCGUAUCCGGAAAAAAGUUCUCCAUUCGUACAGAACGACGUUGUGUACAGCGAGUACGCGUGUACAGUGGAAAGCAAUAUGCACGAUGUGGGUUCCAGCAAUGAUGACGACACGACGGCCGAAAGCUUAAAGACUGCGUCGUCUUCCAUUAGGCGUGAAAUCAAAAUUUCCUUACCAGUAAACAAUGUUGACCUCUCCCCAGCAAGUAUAAUCAACAAGGGCAUUGACGAAAUCAGCCCAAACUUAAUCGCUGACGGCAGCUCUCAAAAGGAAACAUCUUACCAGAGUCCUACUAGCCACCCAAACAGCUCUGCUUCAAACGAGGAUGUCGCACAAGAUGAGGAGGAACUAGCUUCUGCGGAAAACGAUUUUCGCAGUCUAGAUUUUGCGUUGAUCAAAGAGUCUAUGGUAAUUAAUAAGGAAAGAACCGAACAGGAUGCAGAUGCCCUACUUGAUCAAGUCAUUGGCGGCUUUAGAGACAAAGGAAUGGGUCCAAAUACUGUAGAGAGCCUCAACGGGAUGAACGUGUCGAAAGCGUCUCAGAAAGGUCGCCAUUCUUCCGCCAAUGAUCCUGAAGACAGGUGCAGUAGAGAUAAUGAGUUUCACAACGAAGAAAGCUCUGUUGAGAAGACCGGAGACGAUGUCAGCUCAGAGUCUCUCGCCUCUAGAUCCAGUCCCGAAGUUGACAAUGAAAACAGUUUCGAAUGUGACACACAAUCCAACGCGAAAGUAUUCGCAAUGGACAAUUAUUUGGAUAACACAGUGACGCUUCCACCAAAGGAGGCAAGUCUUCACGAUGACGUGGGGGAGCCUUUUGUCGCCAACAAAUCUUGCAUCGAUAACGAGUAUGCCGAUUUGUGCGCAAUGUUGCCAUCAGGAUCCUUGAAGGAGGACUCAGGAUCCUCGAAGGAGGACUCAGGAUCCUCGAAGGAGGACUCAGGAUCCUCGAAGGAGGACUCAGACAACUUGGAAGUGCAAAGUAACCUUAGUAAAAACUCACAACAGAGCGCAUUAGAUUGUGGCAAUUUCUGUGGUGUGCCAUUCGAAGUUUGUGAUACAGACAUGAUAAACACUAGGCUGCAUCUGACGAGCGAAAGCGAUGAGCCAAAAUCUGAGAACUAUGUCGUUCAUGAAACUAAUGAUCAGAUCAACACGUUAACAGAGGAAGGCAAUAAAGAAUACCAGCCCUUCGAAGUGGCUCAGGCUAUUGAAGAUAUAGUGACUGUUGCUGUGGCUUCUUCUUGUAAUUUGAGAGUAGAUUUGCACGUCAACGACACGCUGAUUGUAGAUGAAAGCACCAAUACGAGGCUGCAAAACACCAUCAUAACGGAUAAUAUCCCACAGCUACACGCGAAUGGUCGAGAAGAGUCUUUCAACCAAGAAUCAAAUCAAGCUGAAACGGAUACUGCCUUGUCUCCUUGGGGCACGGACAACGGCGAUAAAGUCAUCAUGGUAACCAGCUGUGAGACUAACGACACUCUGGAGAAACUCAGAUCACUGGACGACCACUUGGAAAAUGACAUUGACCAUCAACACCAGUUGAAUAGUGAAAGGGUUGAUACAAACAAAAAGCUGAAGUCUGAAGAUGAGCUUUCCCCUGUGAACGUUUUGAAUGAAACGAACUCUGCCAAUAGUCAAACAAGUUUCCACCAAGAGGAAGUCGCUGAAGGAAAUGAGUUCAAUACUUCAAGUCUUGUUGGCCUACAGAAGUACGACGUACCCAUUCAAAUAAUUGACAAUCUCCACGAAUCUCAACUCAGUCUUACAAAUAGAGAUGACAUUUUAAAAGAAAAAUCCUCCAAUCAAAGGGAAGCUGAUUGUGACGGUGGCUGCUUUGAAGAGCAAAAAGAGAGAAACAGUCUUGCUGUCAGACACGAUGCGGUGGCUGGAGAUUCUAAUGAAGUAUGUUGGGAUGACCAGAUUGAGCUGAGUGAAGAGAUGCAUGGCUGUGAAGCUGAGAGCCGCCAGGUAUACACAAUGGAGGAACAUCAGUCUCAGACAAUUCGCAUUUCUGUUUCACCAACAUUGAGAAAAUUAUCGGACGAGAACAUUAUUCAUAAAGUGCCUUAUGAUAAAACAAAGGGAGGUAACUCAGACUUUGCAGACGAUGAAAACAAAGAGUCCAGCAAUCUGUGUGGUCGUGACGUAGAACAUGUCAAAGGUCAAGAUUGCGAACACGACGAAACAUGCACUGAACAAAGUUACAUAAUCGUUCAGAAUGAUGAAAUUAUUGACAAGCAAGUAACUUCUAUGAACUGCGAAAAUAUCAGAAACUUAAUUCCCUUUAGUGCUAGUAAGUCGACAUUAAUUAUAAAGACAUCAAGAAAUGAAAAUGUUGAAAAUAUGUUGGUCCGUGAAAUGAAUGACAAUACAUGCACUAAAUCUCAAAAAGUCCCCUUGAUGGAAACGCAGUCCGAAUAUUCGAAUUCUGCUGAAGAUUUUGCAAGACAUGAAAUUAUAGAAUCUGUUUUUGACAGUAUGCAUAAGGUAGCCGAUAAAGAAGAAAUUAUUAGUAAGUCUGAACAGUUUAGAAUGGAGACCUUAAACAAUGUGUCUCUGUCUGAAUACAUUCCAAUUGCGGCAGAAGAAACAGUGUCAUGCAGCAUUGAUGCAACGUCUGCUAUAAAUAGAUUCACACAAAAUGUAGUUGUUGAUGAAACACGGGAUGUCAACCAACUAGAAGAUAAGCGUGAUAAGGAAGAUAAUAGAUCAAAGCUUGUAUAUCACGAGACCAAAGAUAUACAUCAUCCGCCUGAUUUGGUCUCAGACGAACAUCUUAGCCCAUAUGGUCUAGGGCAGGAUCAAAGUCAGCCCUUGGAAGACCUGGCUUCAGCUACCAACUGCGACGAAAUGCAGAUAACACCGAAUGAGAUCGCUAAGACUGCCCGCGAAGACGUAGAAGUGAAUGUCAUUUCAGAGUUGACAUCAGUGUUCACUGAUAGAGUGGAGACGUUCCUGUCACAGGAGACACAUUUUUACCAGCCUGAAGGAGAAGGGGACAAAACCUAUCAGCCUGUUGAAGAGCUCAAAGCUUGCAGCAAACCUGACCUUGAUUAUGCGCAGGGGGAUCAUGGGAGCAAUAGAGUUCAAACUAACGAACAGACAGUCUGCGCAGUUAAUGAGCUGGGAGAAAUGUGUCCUAAUGUUUUCAUGUUUGAGCCAAAUAAAGUGGACCAAACAUUAUUGUCCACACUUGAAGGCAGAAAUAAUGAAAGGGAAUUUGACUUGGGAUCUGUUGAUGUGAAGUGCGAGGGCCAGGUAGAUGUCACCACUGAAAUUACAAAAGAUGAAGACCUUGGCAGCUUAUCUCAGAGUCGUAUCAACUUAGACAUUUGUAUAAAAUCAGAUAAAGAUGUUUGCAACAUCCACGACAAUGAAGAGUCGGCUCAGUUUAGAUAUUAUUCUGAGUCUGUCGAAACACACAAAGAUAAUAAUUCCGAAACAGAAGAAACUAAUAAGGAUUCGACCCAUCGGCGUAUAGGUGAGUCUGAAGUAGCCCAGCAAGACUUUCUAACUUUUGAUCGUUACCUGAAAAGUGAAACUGGCGAAGCAAAGGCCUGUUCAGGUUGCGUGAUUCAAACAUACACCGGGAUACUUAACGAAACAAUGGACGUCUCAGAAAUAAAUGGCUUGAUGUUUCAAACUACACAACAACCCAGCACAGAAUGUAUUAUCGAUAGCGAAAUAUUUGAUGGCGUUCGACCCGGCGCUUGUUCACCUGGGUAUGACGAACAGAAUGGCCAAUCAGAUAGUGACUUCUGCACAGCUGUGCCUCGAUCUGGUCCAACGUUUGAGCCGGAAGAGCUUAUUAGCAAGCUGCUAGUCUUGGACUCAAAAUCUAAAGAAGUUGAUCUGCGAGAUUUUGAAUCUAGUUCUACGCUUUGUUCGCAUGACCAGAGCUAUGUCAAUGAUAAUGUAUUUGCUCUGAACGUAGAGGAGAGAUUGGAAAGUUGGAAGGGAGAAUGUUUAACAAAUGAAGUUCAUGAUACGUGCGACUUCAAUAAAGAGGAAAAUAGUGAAAGAGACGGUGAUAUUGAUACCAUUCAAGAGACAGAACCCACAGCGCUCUGUGAUGAGCCUGUUAAAAGCAGCAUCAAUAGUCGUGAACUAAUAGAAUGCAAUAAAGGAUGUCUUAUUCAAAGAUCUUCUUCGAAUGUUAUUUGUGGGGAAAACGAAGGUGAAACUACUUCUAAUGAAAUCUUUAUAAAUGUCAAUGAUAAUUUAGUCAAUGUCAAGUCAGUCAAUGAUAAGUCAGUCAAUGAUAAGUCGGUCAAUGAUAAGUCGGUCGAUGAUAAGUCGGUCGAUGAUAAGUCAGUCGAUGAUAAGUCAGUCGAUGAUAAGUCAGUGAAUGAUAAGUCAGUGAAUGAUAAGUCAGUGAAUGAUAAGUCAGUCAAUGAUAAGUCGGUCAAUGAUAAGUCGGUCGAUGAUAAGUCAGUCGAUGAUAAGUCAGUCGAUGAUAAGUCAGUCAAUGAUAAGUCGGUCAAUGAUAAGUCGGUCGAUGAUAAGUCAGUCGAUGAUAAGUCAGUCGAUGAUAAGUCAGUGAAUGAUAUGUCAGAAGGUUUAACAUCUGAUGUAAAGAGCUUAACGAAGCAUUGUUUGGAUGACGAUGACAGUUCAUGUUUAAAUGAAGUCGUAAACCAAGAUGAAAAAGUGAGCUCCGACAACGAAGAGGUAAAGAGGAGAGUCACAAAGCUUGAAACCACAUCGCAAUAUCUAGAAGAUGCCGCCCAAUGUCAAGUCACUGCUGACAACACAGAUUUCAAAGAUCCCAUUGCGACGGGCAUAGCGUUGUCAGAAAUGGACGAUAAGGUCUUUCGAGCAAACAAUGAGGGAAGAGCUACAUGGGAAGGCCAAAGUGGUAAAGAUUUGGAUAGAGACGCAGAUGAUGGGCGAGACGAAUCAAUGCCAGAUGAAAAAUUCCACCAGCAAAUUGACUCAAAUAUUUCCAUUCAUGAAAAAGGCUCUUCAAAAGAAAGUGUUUCCUCGUUAGUCAUUGACAAGAGUGUUAAAAGAACAAGCCGCUCCAGCACAUCAUCUAAGUCUAAGUGCUUGCUGGAAGAAGGUCCUUCAGAAGAGAUCCAACUGAAUCAAAAUGAUGAUAUGAUUCCCGUCGCUAAAGUAAUUCUGGACGCCACUGACGUAUGGCUAAAUAAAAUUUCAGAUUUUUGCCAGUCGACUGAAAUGUAUGAGCAUGAUCAUAACAAGCUUCAGGAAAUAGCUCAUGAAUGCACGACUCAGCUAGUAGCAUUAACACAGUCGUCUGAGUUUUGCCAAGAACACGCACAGAAUGCGGCUCUAUUAUCUAGAAGUGGAACGAAAUCAAACUCCGUCAAAAGUAAGAACACUUCAAGAGCUACUUCCUCAUGUUCUUUGGCCAGCAUGAAGUCAGAACCUCAUAGCGACUCCUCCAAAAGUUGCAUUUUAAAAGAUAUUCAAUUAUGCCCCAGCAGGAAUUCCGUUCGUUCCAACAAUUCGAAACACGUUCCAUUGCAAGUCCUGGGAGCGAAUGAAGGAAGCUUAAUGUCAAUAAAAAUAAGCUCCAAUGGUCAAGCUGACAAGUUUUCUAAUCAUAGCAGCAGUUGUUCUUCUUUGUUCAGUGGCAAGACCAGCUGCUCAUCUUCAAGCGUUAGCUCAGUGGCUCGAGUAGACCCUAAGGAAAGCUUGAACCGGCAACGACUCACAGAGAUGACAGCUACUGUCAAGCAAGGAUCCACUCUGGCUAAAGACAGUCGAUCGCUGAAUGUAGUCAAAGAAACCAUUUCGUGGAACAGACCUCGCAGCACAGGAAACAACUGUGGUGACCACAUGUCCAAACCUCUCGUUUCAAGGACUCCAUCCUUAAAAGCACCAACCAUCGGAAAACAUUUACAAAAUGAAGAAUGCAAGGCCUACCAAUCUUUAACAGAAUCUCCAGCGAAUGAUACCUGUGUUUCACAAAAUAUCGAUGUUACCGAAAGGUCUUGUGAUACGUUAAAAGCAGCUAACUUAACUGCGAGGUCUACAGAUAGCGGUCAACAAGGUGUACUUCUGGAAAAACGAAGACAACCAUACGCUCCAACAGCAAACAAUAGAGAAGGUAAAUCCAAUAUUUUCAACAGGACAAUUGCACAUUUGGACCAAGGAACAAAGACUGGUCAGUGUGGUCAUAAAUUAAGCCCUCGCGUUAUGCCAGCAACCAAAACAAACGAAAAUUCUGAGCCUUCCUCCAAAGAUCCAGUGAAGCAUGAACGUCUCGCGCCUUGUCUCGCCACUGCCAGACGCUGUUUUCUGAGAAAUGUCGCUACACAGCGCGGUUCUGAAUCGGACCGGAAAACUCCAGUAGCUGUGCGUCCGAACGAACUGUCCACACAAAAACCUUCGAACUUCACACAGACGGAAAAAGCAUCAAGCCAGAGGCAACGUUUUCUGAGCUUCGCGUUUAGAGGACUGAAGAGCUCACCUAGACAACAGGAUGAGAGUAGCGACAAACCCAAGGGCGAAGUUUCCAUGGGCACUGGAGAUUUUUCCACAGAAAAUAAAGAGGAAGUAAUGCUUGCUAGCAACAGCGCUGCGGUCAGUCCAGCUUCAGGCGAGGUCAAGGAAGAUCAUGGGACGAACAAGAAGGACCAAGAACUAGAGAUUUCCAAGAUGACUCAGUUAUCACGCCAACGAAUCAGCGCUCUGAAGCUCAGAGACCAUGUUUCCAAAAAAUCAAAAGCUACUAAAAUGAUGACUAUGCAGGAGUUUGAACGCAUACAGGCAGACAGACAUUUAAAUCAAGCCUUUGCUCGCAUCCAGAGUAGCAAGCCCUGUGUUGACUGUCAUAUGGAUGCCAAGGUCAUGGACAAAACUGCCGCCUCUGUGAAGCGCCGAAGAGAGAAAAUCAACUACGACUCGCUGCUGGCUUUGGAAAACAUCAAGUUCUUGGAGAUGCUGAGAUUCAAGAAGUCAGCUUACGACAGAGCUGAACAGUUAAAGGAGUUUAAAUCUUUGAAAAGUGGCGAGGUAAAGGCUACCAGACUUAAACAGAUCAAACCUACAGCAAUUGUAUAGGAGCUGUCAACACAUGUGUCUGUUAUAUUGUACAAAAUAUACUAACUUCCGUCAAUAGAGGCA